UGGACACUCCUUGUCCUUUGGAUGAGAGAAUAAUAUGCUGUCUGUGUCCCCAUACAGAAGAUUGCAGUCAAGUUUUCCCGCAACCUUUUGCAUUGCUUUCAAAAGUCUAAUUCUUGCUGCUGACGUUGUCCAUAGCAAUAUCACAAUGUUGGAGGUGUCAUGUUCAAUUAUAAAUUCGUCUCUUGGUUUAUAAGUAAGUAAAAUUGUUUCUUCAGUUAGCUCGUCAACAGAUUGUACUUCAAUUGAUUUGUUGCUGUCAAAUUCAAUUAGCUCAUUAGGGGAGUUGAUGAUCACACUUUUCGAUAGGGUAUUUCUUAGGCUGAACCUUCCUCAUAAUGAAUUAAGCAUUAAUUUUGAAAUGUAACGCAUUGCCUGAUCCGGAACCAUUUUGUCUCUUUGAAGCUCAAUGCCAAACUUUUCCUUACAUUCUUUUAUAAAUUUAUCCUCGCUUUCUUUUCCUUCUACUCCUUCGGGGAACCCACUUGCAUGGAUUUUCAUUGCCAUAAACUCUGCCACAUAAUUUUUAAACAAAUUUUCAUCCCAUUUCUCAUAAUGCAACGCUCUAUAAAAUCUUGUAACUGUGUAACCAACUUUUAAUGCCUCUUCUAAUUCAAUCGAUGUACAUGUUGAGACCCAGCCUCUCUCAUCAUCAUUGUGUGGGCAGCGGUAAUCUUUGAUGUUUGCACCAUUUGGGUAUGUGAGCGAACAUUUUCUGCAUAGCGGGAAAAGAAGACGUUCAUCAAAUUUGACGGGAAUAACAGGUACAUCAAGUUGCGGUGGGGGCAAUAAAAAUACUUUUAAAAUUCCUUUGAAUGGGAUCUGCUCACUUCUUGUCCAGUAGACUUUUUGUUCAGCCAAUG